UUCUGGAAUGGACCAUUUUAUUGGGAAGGGUGAUACGGAAGUCGAGGCGGAAGUGUAUCUGAGGUUCCAUCCCGAAAGUAGGAAAACAUGGCGGCGUCCGCAACCCCAGCUAUGGCCGAGCAAGCGUCAACACCAGCAGCCGCGGGAAGGGGAAGCAAUCCGUUUGACUUGACGCAGCCACCGGUCAUCGAGGGCUUCAGCCCUUUACCGAGGGUCAAAGAUGAGACCUUUAAAGAAAAGUUCAUGCGGAAAGCCAAGGACAACCCGUUCGUCCCAAUAGGUUGUUUGGGGACAGCAGGAGCGCUGAUGUACGGCCUCCGAGCAUUCCACCAGGGCAAAACCAGGCAGUCGCAGUUGCUGAUGCGGGGCCGCAUCUUCGCCCAAGGCUUCACCGUCGUCGCCAUUGUCGUUGGCGUCUUUGCCGCGGCAUUCAAACCCAAACAGUGAGGAAGAGGUUGCACCUCAACAACUCCCAUUCAUAUAGGGGGGAAAAAAGACUGUUUGAAAGAAUGGAAUAAUAGUGUGUAUAUACACAAUAUAGUUAUCUCUAUAAUAAGGCGUAGGACAGCCUUAUUUAUUGUUUGGAAACGGAUUUUGUCAUUUCAAAUGUGGCUUACACAGGAUAUACUAUAUACUAGUAUGUACUGUGCUAUUAUUCUACUUGUGCUUUAAUGUAAUUAUUGUAUGAUGUAAGUAAAAUGAUUCAACCAACAUAAAUGUAUCUUUGGAAACACA